UCUCUCAAAAAAAAAAUUUUAACUAAAAAACAAACAAACAAUAAAGGCAACAAUAAUAUAAAAUACACAGGAACAUCUUUUGGAAAGGAGGGAGGAAAGAAAGUCUAAGGUGAGCAGCAUAAUUGGUUCUCCCAAAGGAAUCUACAUCUGAAUCCCAGGAACCUGUGACUAUGUGACCUUAAAUGGCGGAAGGAGAAUCAAGGUAGCAGAUGGAAGUACCUUGCUAGUCAGCUGGCCUUAAAAUAGAUGUGUGAGUUAUCCAGGCAGGACCAAGAUAACCCCAAGUGGAAGAGAAGGGGCUGGAGAGAAUACUCAGUAGUAAAAGGUCUUUGCUACCAAGCCUGCCUAAUCCGCAGAACCCACAGGGUGGAAGGAAACUGCCUCCCAAAGGCUAUCCUUUGACCUCCACACACGUACUGUGGCAGACAAGCACAUGCACACACAAUAAAUAAAUUUUACACGUUUGAAAGAUUUAAAUGAAAAGGGAAGAAAGAGGGGCAAACAAUGGAGACCGAGUGUGACCUAGUGCCCAAGACAGACAGAAUGAUGCAGUGUAGAUGGUUCUGAAGAUGGGGAGUGGCUGCCAGCCAAGGCAUGUGGGCAGCCUGCAGAAGCUCCACUAGUAGCGCUGCCAGGAAGAACACAGCCUUCAGAGUGCCAGCGCUCUGAAUUUCAGCCCAGUAAGGCCCAUUUCAGGUUCUGACUGGUCAGAAAUGUAAAAUAAUGAUCUGUGUUGCUUUCAGCCACUACGUUUGGUCAUUUAUAGCAGGAAAGUACGGAACAGGUCAGGUGAGGUUAAAGAGCGCUUUUUUCGUUUAUUUAACAAAAUACCUAAGAACUCUUUGAGAGCAAAACAUUGUGUUGCCAGCCUAUGAGCGUAGAUAACAGGUACUUCAGAACGAUGGAAAGAGGAGGUACCAACGCUGAGACAAAAAUGAAGGAUUUUCAGUCCACUGUGGCCAUGAGUAUUGAAAUCCCUCCUCUUCGCUCUACAAACUGCUGUUUUUUGGCCGAGACUCAUAUGAAGGUCUGGUUCAAUACUUCUCCUCCUAAGUCCAGGAAAAAAAAAAAAAAAAACUUCUGAUUUCCCCCACACCCCGGAGAUUUCUAGCCAUUUCCUAAGGCUGCAAACGUGCACAGCAUUGACGAAUCUUAGCCAAGGCGAUAACAUUCAACCGGCCACAAGAGUGUGCCUGUGAGGAGCUCACAGAUUUUUUUUUUCUUCCUGCCAAACCAGAAUUAGCCGGUAUAGGAAUGAAGCAGCGUGAAGAUCGGAAAUUGCACGGAUUGGAAGGAAGCUCGGGGUAGGCUCGGAUCCUUCCAAAUGCACCCUUUUUAAAGGCUCCGGGACGGAAGCAUCGAGCCUUAGGCUCCAGAAGGUUCACCUGGCCAGACAGCGAGCGGAGGGCGAGUCCGGGAGCCCUGCACCGAGCGCACGGAGCCGGGCGAAGAGCCGAGCCCCAGGCACCGCAUCUGCAGGAUGCUAGUCGAUAUUGCCACCAAUCCCCACGCCCUGUGGCCCCGGGUUCUUAGAGAGGACCUGGAAGUUCACGGGUCGAGACUCGGAGCCGAGUGAGACCGUUGUCCUGCGGACUGCGUGCGAAAACCUUAGAACCAUGUAUACAAGUCAUGAAGAUAUCGGGUAUGACCUUAAAGAUGAUCCCAAGGCUAAGAAGGCCCUGAAGCCCCACCCAGACAUUGAUGGCGGGUGGGCCUGGAUGAUGGUCCUUUCUUCCUUUUUUGUACACAUCCUCAUCAUGGGCUCACAGAUGGCCUUGGGAGUCCUCAACGUGGAGUGGCUUGAAGAGUUCCACCAGAGCCGUGGCCUGACCGCCUGGGUCAGCUCCCUGAGUAUGGGCAUCACCUUGAUCGUGGGACCUUUCAUCGGCUUGUUCAUUAACACCUGUGGGUGCCGCCAAACAGCAAUCAUUGGAGGGCUGGUGAACUCCCUCGGCUGGGUGUUGAGUGCCUAUGCAGCCAACGUGCAGUCUCUCUUUAUUACCUUUGGAGUGGCAGCUGGCCUCGGCAGCGGGAUGGCCUACCUGCCUGCGGUGGUCAUGGUGGGAAGGUACUUUCAGAAGAGACGAGCCCUGGCCCAGGGCCUCAGUACCACAGGGACAGGAUUUGGGACAUUCCUGAUGACAGUUUUGCUGAAAUACUUGUGUGCAGAGUAUGGCUGGAGGAAUGCCAUGUUCAUACAAGGUGCCGUGUCCUUGAACCUGUGUGUCUGUGGGGCGCUCAUGAGACCCCUCUCUCCUGGGAAGGUAGAAAACUGCCCACGAGGGGAGGAGCCCUGUGCCCUCCCAGCUUACUCCACUGAAUCUGUAAAAUCAGGAGGACCCUUGGGCAUGACUGAAGAACAGGACAGACAGCCUGAGAAUGAGGAGACUGUCUGUGACCUUCAAGCACAGGAGUGUCAAGGUCAAACCCGUCCCAGGAAGAACAUGUGUGCUUUCCGGGUUCUGAAGACAGUGAGCCAGCUCACUGUCCGAGUCCAGAAGGGCUUCAGGGACUGGUACUCGGGCUAUUUCGGAACAGCCUCACUCUUCACCAACCGCGUGUUUGUGGCCUUUAUUUUCUGGGCUCUGUUUGCAUACAGCAGCUUUGUCAUCCCUUUUAUCCACCUGCCGGAAAUCGUCAGUUUGUAUAACCUGUCGGAGCAAAACGACGUGUUCCCUCUGACCUCAAUUAUAGCAGUCCUUCACAUCUUCGGGAAGGUGAUCCUGGGGGCGGUGGCUGACCUCCCCUGUACCAGCGUCUGGAACGUCUUCCUCAUCGCUAACUUCACCCUGGUCUCCAGCAUCUUCCUUCUGCCACUGAUGCACACCUAUGCGAGCCUGGCUGUCAUUUGCGCCCUGAUUGGGUUUUCCAGCGGGUAUUUCUCCCUCAUGCCGGUGGUGACGGAGGACCUGGUUGGCACUGAGCACUUGGCCAAUGCCUAUGGCAUCAUCAUCUGUGCCAAUGGCAUCUCAGCUUUACUGGGACCACCAUUUGCAGGGUGGAUCUUCGACAUCACACAAAAAUACGAUUUUUCCUUUUUCAUCUGUGGUUUGCUUUACAUGGUAGGAAUACUCUUUUUGCUCAUUCAACCCUGUAUUCAGAUGGUAGAACAAUCCAGAAGAAAGUACACAGACGGUGCACAUGUUUAAUUAGUGUCCUGCAACACUUCCUGAGUCCUCUCCUCAGCCUACCUCACCUGGUUGCUAGAGGGCGCUCUGUGUGGUCACUGGCGGUAAAUGCCGCAGCAUGGCCUCCGCAGGGGGCAGAAGUGAUUAGAACGGCGUAUGUCUUAGGGACGAUGGUGUUUGUUGAUACAGGUGCCCUGAUGAAAACUUAAACCAGGCAUGGUGGCAAAUGCCUGUCAUCCCACCUCUAGGUGGAGGCAAGAAGAUUGAAGAUUCAAGGUUAGCCUCUGCUACCUAGUGAGUUCCAGGCCAGCCUGGGUUACAUGAGAACCUGUCUCAAAAAAAAAAAAAGAAAAAAGAAAGAAAGAAAGAGAGG